AUGUUUCGACAGCUUCGCUCAUCUGCCUCCAAGAUGGUCCGUUCAAAGCCUCAGCCACUUCAAAAUUCAAAGGUCCUCAUCUUCGGUGCAGGUAAUUUUGGUUCGUGUUUAGCAUCUCAUCUUGGAGACUCUCAGCACGAUGUCUUCAUGUGGGCUCGCGAACAAUCCCUCGUGAACUACUUCAAUGAGCACCAUCGCAAUCUCUUUUAUCUCAAAGACCACAUCUUUCCCUCGAACAUCACUGCUGUCGGCCCAGAAUUGCCCAGCAAGGAAUUUCUUAAUCAAAUGGAUGUCCUCCUCUUUGCCAUUCCCACUCAGUUUUUGAGGGCUAAUCUUUCUAUUUUACACCCUCAACUUGAUGUCGAUAAUUUGCCCCUCAUGAUAUUUGUGAACAAGGGUAUUGAGAUUGGAACGCAUGCAUUGACGUUGGAGAUUAUUGCGGACACUUGUGGGGCUGACAUAGCAAAAGCUGCAACAUUCAUAUCAGGUCCUUCCUUUGCCAAAGAAAUUGUCGAGAGGCAACCGACAUCGGUUUCCGUGGCCUCGUUUACGGAAGAGGAAGCAGACAAGGCAUCGGCUCUCUUUCAUCAGCCCCAUUUCCGCUGUUAUACUGGUGGGGAUCCGAUAGGCAUAGAGCUGUCUGGCGCCCUCAAGAAUGUCUACGCUAUAGCAUCUGGGAUGUCAGACGGGCUUGGCUACAAAAACAACACCCGACAUUCAGUGAUCAUCACGCGAGGCCUAGCUGAAAUGACAUGCAUCGGGACGGCCUAUGGUGCCUCGCCGUUGACUUUCCUCGGACUUUCUGGCGUGGGUGAUCUUUUCUUGACAUGCAGCUCCUCCAAUAGUCGAAACUAUACGGUGGGCUAUCGCUUGGGCCAAGGAGAAAGUCUCGACGGUAUUAUGAACACCCUCGGCAGUGUUGCGGAAGGUGUUUCAACCACAAAAGGCGUCAAGAAGAUUAUCGAUGAACUGGGGAUCAAUGCGCCUAUUGCCAACUCUGUUUAUGACGUUUUGUACAACGGCAAAGAUACGCAAAACGCAGUGCGGGAGUUGAUGGCAUUGCCCCCAUCGAAGGAACUUGAGCUGCCGCCUACGGCUGGUGGGCCAGCUAGACAGUUGUUGCGGAAACUUGGACUUUGA